AUGUUUGGCGGAUUCGCGGAGUCCGCGGAACCGGAGCUGGGGGAGCUUUCCGCGCGGAAACCGGAAAAGAAUUACUCCGUCUCACUAAAAUCAGACGAGAGCGUAGCGGAUGUGACUGUAAAGAAGGAGAGGGCGAAACGCACCGGCAAACCCGGAGGAAAGGGACGCCCAAGUGAUUCAAACGAACCGUCGAGUAAGUUACCUUCGGUUCAGUCAAACGAGAGUGAUUCUGAUAACGGGUCGACUUUUGAGGCGUCUGUUUUCGAGGCUAUUUUCCAAGCGCCUCAAAGCGACGGUGAAUCUGAGAACGGGGCCGGCGGUGCGGGCCUGGUGGUGACUGAAGCGAGUCGGAAUAAGGCUGCUGACGUGGCACGUGAGACUACAGCCAAUCAGGUGGAGGCGGGGAGAGAAGCUGUGGUGGUUGGGGAGCGACAGGAAUCGAGUGGCGGUGAUGUGGAGGCUGCAUCGACGGUGGAGAAGGCACCGAAGGAGGAGGCAUCAACGGCCAAGGGGGAAGCGUCGGCGGAGGCGGAAGCAUCGGGGGAGGGGGACGCAUCGCGGGGUGCGGCGCGAGAAGGUCAGGCGGAGACAACGAAGGAGGGGGAGGAUACUCUUGCGAAGAGCGCGUUCGUCGCUGUAACGGAGGUCGAUUUCCCGUCGCGCCUCGGCGUCCUUUGCGCCGCUCCGUCAGUUGCGGCGGUUCUCGCGGCGAGAAACGCUGAGGAGCAGGAGCGAACCGGGCAGGCGCGAGCAAUGGCGGUGGUCUGGAAGGGCGGGGACGAUCUUUUCGGCGGGCUGCCCGGGAAAGAAGAGAUCCGGAGGCUGAUGGCGGGAGGACCGAGGAGAGGCGGUGGGGAUAAGGGGAACCUAACGGAGCAGCAGCAGCAGCAGCAGCAGCAGCAGCAGCAGCAGAGGGAGGAGAAAGAGGGGGCGGUGGAUUCAUGGCCUGAGCUGAGUCUGAGUGACGACGAGACGGGAGAUAUGGGCAGAGAGGGCAUGGUGGAGAUUAAGGUAUCAGUGCGACCAUGCAGGAACGGCAUUUCGAAUGAACCCGCGGGCACCAUCAAGCUGUGGGUGCGAGACCAGCUUGCAAUGACAAUCGCCGGCAGCGGGAGCUUGGACCUGACCUCCGCCGAGUCCUGCAGCGUGAGGGCGCUCGAAACGGCCUGCCUGGGCGGCUUGCGGCCGUCAGCAGGCGUGGCGGCCAUCAUGCGCGCCCACCCCGCCUCCGCGCUCUCCGCCCUCCCCCGCUCCACCGCCGUCUACCUGGAGAAGGGGGCAGCUGCGCCUGGGGGGUACACGUGCGGGGGGUGCAGGGGGAACUCCCUUCGGGACUGCACUGUCAGAACUCUUGCCUGGAGGUACUUACAUGCUGGCACCCCCCCCUCUGCUUCCGCUGAUCCCUCCUCUGCUUCCGCUCCCCCUCCCUCUUCCUCCUCCUUCGCCUCCUCUGGCGCCGCCUCCUCCCCAGCGUCGGAUUUUACCAUCGCUGCGUAUGAGCCGUCGGAUGCAGAAUACGUGGCGUCCACGUUUCACCCCCUCCGUGCCCCUAGAAUGCUCCCUGUCACCGCCCUCCGCCUAGCCUUCUGCUCCCAUCCCUCCUUGCCUCCUGCUGCUGCCGCCUCUCCUCUUGCCGCCCCUCCUGCUGCUGCAACUCCUGCUGAUGCUGCAACCGCGGAGGAGGAUGGUGAAACUUCACCCACGUCAACAGAAGCCCGUACUGAAUCUUCGUCCACAGCUCCGGGUGAAACUUCACCUGAGUCUUCUUCUCCUGCUGAAACUUCCCCCGGGCCUUCCUCAACCGCUGAAACCUCACCUGCCACUGAGGAGUCGAGAGCAGGAGAGGCGAAGGAUGCGAGCUUGGGGAUUGAGGAGGAGAGAGGGGAGGAGAGAAGUGGGGGAGGGGUGGAAAGGAAGCUUAUGAGUGUGAUGAGAGGAGGGAGACGACUGCUGGGUGAUGGGGAGGGUGCUGGUGGGGAGGGUAGUGGAAAGGAGAGUGGGGCUGUGGAGGGCGGUGAGAGCAAGGCGGGUGAAGGGGAAGGCAGCAGCGCAAGCACAAGUGUUAGUGAUGGCAGCCCGAGUGGUGAGAGCAACACAGAGAGAAGUAAGGGCGUAGCAGAGAGCACAAGCGCGGAAGCACAGAGCGUGGAGGCAGUGCAAGCGGAAAUGGCUCUUAGCAUGCUGAAGGCGCCGGAGGAGAGCGGCGAGGAGAAGAGCAGGACAGAGAGCAGCACAGAGAGCAGCAGGGACGACUCAGAGAGCGCAGAAGCACAGAGCACAGAGGCAGUGCAAGCGGAAAUGGCUCUUAGCAUGCUGAAGGCGCGCGAGGAGAGCGGCGAGGGGGAGCGCGGCGAGGGGGAGGGCGGAGAGGGGGAGAGCGGGGCUCUGAGCGCGGAGGCACCGAGUGCAGAAGCAGAGAGCACAGAAGCAGUGAGUGCAGAAGCAGUGCAAGCAGAAAGCACAGAGACCCUGAGCGCGGAAGCAGUGCAGGCAGAAAUGGUGAUGGGGAUGCUGAAGGGGCGCGUGGAGAGUGGCGAGUGGAGCUGCUUGCAGCUGCAGGUGGCGGAGGCGUGGGUGGUGUCGGCAGCAGCGGCGCUCAUCCACACCCGCGCGUCUCUCGAGGCCCGCUUCCUCCGCGCCCAGGCCACUGCCGGCACUGCCAGGCAAAUCAUGGGGUUGGAGAGGGAUGGGAGGAGGCCUAGUUUUGAGACGUCUCAACAGCCCGGGGAGAGGGGAAGCGGAGGAGCGGCAGAGGGAGCUGAGGGGAGAGCGGUGGAGGGAGGUGCGGAGGGGGGAGCGGCGGCAACGGAGGAGGGGGGUGGUGUGAGUGCGAGUGGGGUGGUCCCGUUCAAGGUGCAUCCGAGCGUGUGUGACUCGCGCGCCCCCACGCCCUUUGUCAACCGCCGCUUCCUGCAGCAGUUCCUCGUAGACGAGCAACUCAAGACUGUGUACUGCUUUGUGCCCAAGGCGGGAUGCACGGGGUGGAAGGUGUGGUUUCGCCAGCAGCAAAACCGCCCCAACGCCACAGACGUGUGGAUCGCCCACGACCCAAAGCACUCGGGGCUGAAGCUGCUGGCGUUCGACAUGCAGGAAAGAGAGGUGAUCCGGUUUCUGACGCGCCCCGACUACUUCAAGUUCACGUUCGUGCGUAACCCGUACACGCGGUUACCAUCGGCGUAUCUCAACAAGCACGUGGGCGGCGGCCCUCCUCACGACCGCGGGUACUGGAACGCCCGCUUCUUCCACAACACCGCUCAGUUUCGGCGGCUAGUGGACCGCCAGAACGGGUCUGACUUGUUUGACUUUUCUGACUUUGUGGAGCUGACGUGGCACAUGGAGAAGAGCAGGCGGACCAUCAUGGACGCGCAUAUCAUGCCAGAGGCUGAUGUGUGUGAGUUGCAUCGGAUCAAGUAUGACUAUGUGGGCCGGUUUGAGAACUACGAGCAUGACGUGGCAGAGGUCUUGAGCCGGUUCGACAAGGAUGCGAAUGAUGCGUUCAACAUAGGCCGGGGAGUACACCCGACUGAUGCUUCCGACAAAACCGUUAAAUUGUAUAACAAG